AUGGGCAUCAACAAUCCUCUGCCGGCCUCCAUGGCAUCCGAAUGCAAGAAAUGCGGAAAGAUCCUCUCGUCCUUCAUCAAUCCGCGGCAGGCCUUUGGCCCCGAAAAGGUGAUUCCGCCCUCGAUCCUGUCCAACGCAAAGGGCCUGGCCAUCAUCACCGUCUUCAAGGCCGGAUUCCUCGGAUCUGGUCGCUUUGGCAGUGGCCUCGUGGUCGCUCGACUGCCUGACGGAACCUGGAGCGCUCCCAGCGCUAUUGGAACGCUCGGCGGCGGAUUUGGCGGACAGAUCGGCUUCGAGCUGACGGACUUUGUCUUCAUUCUUAACGACACCUCGGCCGUCAAGACUUUUGCGCAGGCUGGCUCCAUCACACUGGGAGGCAACGUUUCAUUGGCUGCGGGACCCGUUGGCCGCAAUGCCGAGGCCGCCGGCGCAGCUUCGCUCAAGAGUGUGUCCGGCAUCUUCAGCUACUCCAAGACCAAGGGUCUGUUUGCUGGUGUCUCACUCGAGGGCUCCGCCAUCAUUGAGCGUCGUGAUGCCAACGAGAAGCUGUACGGCACGCGGUACACGGCGCAGCAGCUGCUCACUGGGACUGUACCGCCUCCGCCGCAGGCCGCCCCUCUCAUGAACAUCCUCAACUCGAGGGUUUUUAGUGGCAUGAGACUCGGCACUACCGACGACACCAUGUACAACGACAUGCCCAUAUACGAUGACAGCCAUGAUGACGUUGUGUGGGAGGGCCGACAGGGAUCUGCGUAUGGCGAAGGCCAGCCGAACCCCCGCUCAAGAUCAAACACCUGGCAAGACGACGUUUACGAUAGGCAGAACUUCAACCCGCCUUCACGCUCAAACACUUUUGCGACCAGGGGAUUCGACGACGACUAUAGAUUCCAGGACAGGCCACCCGAGAAAAAGGUUGGCCCUGGCCGUCCUACCGCGCCUAAGCCUGUCUUUGGUGCCAAGCAGGCUGCAUUGAAAUCGAACGAGGCCGUGGCUUUGUUCAACUUUGACGCGGACCAGCCCGGCGAUUUGGGCUUCAAGAAGGGUGAUGUGAUUACGAUAUUAAAGAAGACAGAUAGUGAUAACGACUGGUGGACCGGUCAAAUCGGAACAAGGCAUGGCAUUUUCCCCAGUAACUACGUCAAGAUGAGGGAGUGAUGAGAUGAACCCGAUACCUGUGAUACCACCAAGACUGCUGCUUUUUCAUCGUUCUUCUUUCUAAGUUAUACUAUUUUUUUUUUCUUGGAAAAGGGCUCCAAUUGGAAGGAUACCAACUUGUUUUAACACGUUAUAUCUCCCUGGGUUGAAUUGAUCGUUUUCAUUCCAUCUUUCUCUUCGCACUGUUCCUUUGGGAUUUUUGAAGAGAUUCUUUUCUUUUUACUUUUUGAUGGAUAGCCGUGCUUUUGGUGCUGCUUAGCAGAGGGGGAGAGUUUUAUGGUGAUUGACAGGCGUAGGGGUCAAGAGAAAGAUUUCCCGAGAAAGAAUGCUAUUUACAAAGUUUACAUUUCUACCAAGGCAAUGUUGCUGAACAAUUUAUUUGUUUGCAUGUUUGACGGUUGUAAAGGAUUAUAUCAAUCUAUUGGAAUUUGUUAUUGAUCACGUAUGCUUGGCAAA